AUGGUCGACACGGGUGCACGUUCAGGACCAGACGAGGUUGAAGACGAGGACGAUGAUGGGGAUGAUGACGAGCACUCAGACGAUGAGGAAGCCGACGACGACGUGGACAGUGAUGGAGAGGCAGAAUCAUCUGGCGAGACUUCCGUGAGCGCUCUGCAGCGCGGCUCAGCCGAGGGCCGAGAGCGAAAAAGAAGAAGACCGGUCUGGACAGACGAAGCGAGUGCGAACCUCGUCGUCGCGCUGACGGGCGAGAAAGCGAGGGCUGUCGAUGGGAGCAGAAUAGGAACGUCUCGGCUGCGCAGGUUGAGGGAAACGGCCGAUGAACGAGAGAUUGAUGGAGCAGAAUACGAGAAGCGGUUGAGACGAAUGUUCGAGAAGCUCAAUCCGAGGCCGAGCUGGGCUGCUUUGUCCCUGAGGCGGACAACGGAAGCAGACGAGAAUGGAAUCUCAAGGACGCUGGAGGAGGAAGGGCGAGACACAUUGUCGGAUCUCCUGAGCAGAGACGCUGGUCUCGUUGCUCGGAUGACGGGAUCCAAGGGCAGACUUGCCAGUGGACGCCUCGAGGUGGAUCGAUUGCGAAACGCCAACGAAGCGCAAGGGAAAGGGACCGUGGCAGCGAUCGAGUCGCUGCAGUUUCAUCCCUCUACCAGGGCCCACGUCCUCAUGACGCUCUCUAGGGACCGCAGGGUGCGGUUGUUUCAGAUCGACGGCAAGGAGAAUGCGCUGCUGCAGACGCUCCACGUGCCCGACCUGCCGCUACAGUCCGGCCUGUUUGACCCCAGCGGAGCCUCGGUGCUGCUCAGCGGGCCACGCCCGUUCAUGUACACCUUUGACCUGCAGUCGGGCCGCACGAUUCGAUCGUCGCCAUGGCGCGGGACCAGCAAACACGCAGACCUCGACUCGGCCGAGCGAGACCUGAGCCAGGUCAGGUUCCAGCCCCAUGGCGGCAGUCUACUGGCUGUGGGAGGCCGUCGAGGUGCGGUCCACCUGCUGGAGUGGGGCAAGCAGGGCGCUUCGGCCAGCGGCUCCCUCAUCGGCUCGCUGCGAAUGAAUGCGCCUCUCGCCGGCCUUUCGUGGGACGGCGCCGACCCUACCAAAAUCAUGUCGCUCAGCGACCAGGGCAUCGUGCACCUCUGGGACGUGCGUAACAUGAAGUGCCAAGUCCAGAAGCGCGACGUGGGCCUCUUCAACCCCAAGGGGCUCGAGUCCUCGCCCGAUGGCCAGUGGUGCUCCAUCGGCAGCGAGAGCGGAAUCGUGAACAUGUACAACGGCAACCGCAUCACGGACUCGGCUUCAACGAAUCUCGAGGCCAACAAGGAUGUGGGAAACCUGACGACGGCGACGACAACGAUGCGCUACAAUGCAGACGGCCAGAUCCUAGCACUGGCCAGCCGAAACAAGAAGGACGCAGUCAAGCUCGUCCAUCUCCCUUCGCUUUCCGUCUUUUCAAACUGGCCCACGUCGGCCACGCCGCUGGGACAUGUCUACGGCAUUGACUUCUCCUCUUCGUCCGAGUACAUGGCGCUGGGCAACAGCCGGGGCAAGGUCUUGCUGUAUUCUUUGCGACAUUUUCUGUAG